GAUUUCGUCUGACGUGUAAGCAAGUUGCAGCAAACUGCAUCAUCAGUAGGUUAGGUUAAAAUACUGUAUCGUGUCGGAAAGUUUUUUUUCUCAUUAAAAUAUUGUCAAAUCAUGCUCGAUCUCUUCACAAUAUUUAGUAAGGGUGGCAUAGUGCUCUGGUGCUUUCAGAGCACAUCACAAAUUUUUGCACCCAGUGUCAAUGCCCUGAUAAGAAGUGUCAUAUUGCAGGAACGUACAGGGAAUCACAGUUUCGAGCAUGAUUCUUUGCGAUUGCAAUAUAAACUCGACAACGAGUUUGAAUUAAUAUUUGUGGUGGCAUAUCAAAAAAUACUACAGUUAUCUUAUGUGGAUAAAUUCUUGAACGACAUCCAUUUAGAAUUCAGGGAUCGUUUCAAGAAUGAAUUGGAAAAUUCGAAUUGGUUUAGCAACUUUGAAUUCGAGCAGACUUAUAAUCUUGUGCUUGAACGGGCCGAACAAUGGUCUCGCACGCAGGCCAAAAUGCCGAAGCAAAUGCGUACCUUUGACGAAAGUCAGAAGUCUAAAAAGACUGUUGCUAGUAUGAUUGAAAGAAAGGAUGAUAAAGAAGAUAAGAAAUCAGGUAAAAAGAAGAAAGCAAUAAAUUCUAAUGGGGAUUAUCAUACAAAAAUUCAAGAAAUUCCAAAGCAAGAGCUACCAAAACAGCAAGUGGAACAUAAUGGAGAACUUGACGAAGAGAUACUGAUUGCCAAUCGCAUGAAACUUGCUCAGAAAAUGUCAGGGCAAAAGAAAAAAGCUGACAAGCAGAAGAGUCCUAAGCCUGAGAAAGCCGGCAAAAAACCACGCAUCUGGGAAUUGGGUGGAACAACCAAAGAUCUCGCUACUCUGGAGCGAACCAAAGAUAAACCAGAAGAGAGCGGUGAUUAUGUAGCAGCCGAUACAGCUCUAGUUGGACAGAUGAAAGGUGGCAUACGCGAUCUCGAAGUGAAUAGCGAUUCUGAGGACGACUCCGAUCAGGAGAUGGAGUAUUCCAAGCCACAAGUGCAGAAGAAGACUAGUAUGUUCUCUAUGUUUAAAAGCCUAGUUGGUAGCAAAUCUCUAAAGCACGAAGACAUGUUGCCGGUUUUGGAGAAACUGAAGGACCAUUUGAUCACUAAAAAUGUCGCCGCUGACAUAUCUCAGAAAUUGUGCGAUUCUGUUGGCACAAAGCUGGAAGGAAAGGUGCUUGGCACCUUCGACAGCGUGGCUAGCACCGUAAAGGCCACUUUGACAGACGCCUUAGUGCAGAUACUGUCACCUAAAAGGAGAAUCGACAUUUUGCGUGAUGCUUUAGAAGCGAAGAAGAGUAUUAGACCUUAUGUUAUGACGUUUUGCGGUGUCAAUGGGGUUGGCAAGUCGACAAAUCUUGCGAAGAUUUGCUUCUGGCUGAUAGAGAAUAAUUUCCGCGUGUUGAUUGCCGCCUGCGAUACAUUCAGAGCUGGAGCAGUCGAGCAGCUGAGAACACACAUGCGACACUUGAACGCCUUGCAUCCACCAGAGAAGCAUGGGAAUCAAACAAUGGUGCAAUUAUACGAGAAGGGUUACGGCAAGGAUGCCGCGGGCAUCGCCAUGGAGGCGAUUCGUUUCGCCAAGGAUUCCCGAUUUGAUAUUGUCUUGGUCGACACUGCCGGUAGAAUGCAAGAUAAUGAACCGCUGAUGCGAGCCUUGGCAAAACUAAUAAAGGUGAACGAACCGGAUUUGGUAUUGUUUGUUGGAGAAGCUCUUGUUGGCAAUGAAGCUGUGGAUCAGCUGGUGAAAUUCAAUCAGGCUUUAGCUGACUACAGUCAGUCUGCGAAUCCUCAUAUUAUCGAUGGUAUCGUCCUAACGAAGUUUGAUACAAUCGAUGAUAAGGUUGGUGCAGCCAUCACAAUGACAUACAUCACUGGUCAACCUAUUGUUUUUGUUGGAACUGGCCAAACUUACACAGAUCUAAAGUCAUUGAAUGCCAAAGCUGUGGUGCACGCUUUGAUGAAAUAAAUAUUCCAAGAAAUGAUAAUAAAUCUUUCAUGAUAUCCUGAUUA